AUGUCGAAAAACUUGAUGGUUUUUGGGCUUACCUUGAUGGUGGUAUGUGCAUGUUUUGCAUCAAUUGUUGCUGGGGAUGAACCUCCUACUAUUGGCUAUGGAGCUAUAGGAAAAGGUGGAAUUCCUGGAUGCAGUCCAAAAAAUCCCAACGCAAAGGCAUGUAACGAAGUACCUGCGAAUCCAUAUGAUAGAGGUUGUGAAAAGGAGAAUCGCUGUCGAAAUGGGAGAAACCACAAUGCAUGGUGGAGCGUCGGUAUAGCAAGCGUAGACAAUGUAGAUCAAUACAAUGAAUGUGGAGUAAUGGAGUAG